GCACGGUCGUUCCUUUUCAACUUGGACGUAUUCCAUCCGACACGUCCAUAAUUUUGUCUGAGUUUAAUAUAAAUGUUAACAACUUUUUAAAUUAAAAUACAUAAGUUUUCUACAAGGAAAAUCAACCAUGAAUCGAGGACGUUCAUUUAAUCGUGGAAAUGAAUUCAGAAAUCAUAAUGGAUUCGGUAACCGUGGUGGUAACAACUAUUCUAGUAUGAAAGGUAAGCAACCUGGACAGAAUUUACGCAAAGCAGAAUAUGAUUUGGAAAGCAUGGAACCAAUUGAAAAGAAUUUCUAUGCAGAACAUCAUAAUAUUGCAAGUCAAAGUGAUGCUCAGAUUGAUGAAUUCAGAAACAAUCAUGAAAUGAUUGUGCGAGGCAGAGAUAUACCCAGACCCAUUCGUGACUUUUAUGAAGGAAAUUUUCCAGAUUAUAUCAACCAUUCACUAAUGCAACAAAAUUUCGAAAAACCUACACCUAUUCAGAGUCAAGUCUGGCCUAUUGCUUUAAGUGGACGAGAUGUUGUUGGCAUUGCUAAAACAGGAUCUGGAAAAACUCUAGCUUACAUGCUACCUGGAAUUGUGCAUAUUUGUAAUCAAGAACCCGUGUACAGAGGCGAUGGACCUAUUGUCCUUGUAUUAGCUCCAACGCGUGAACUAGCUCAACAAAUAAAAGAUGUAUGUGAUCUUUUUGGUAGAUAUAGCAAUGUGCGCAAUUGUUGUGUAUUUGGAGGUGCUCCCAAAGGACCACAGCUGAGAGAUGUUGAAAGAGGUGCCCAGAUUUGUAUUGCAACACCAGGUCGGUUGAUCGAUUUUAUUGAGUGUAAAAAAAUAUCCUUGCGCAGAUGUACAUUUUUGGUUUUGGAUGAAGCUGACAGAAUGCUAGACAUGGGUUUUGAACCUCAAAUAAGAAAAAUAAUUGAACAGAUUAGACCUGAUCGGCAAACUGUCAUGUUUAGUGCAACCUGGCCUAAAGAAGUACAAAGACUUGCUGAGGAUUUUCUUGAGGAUUACAUUCAAGUUAACAUCGGGACUCUUCAGUUAUCAGCUAAUCAUAACAUUAUGCAAAUUGUUGAUGUAGUUGAAGAAGGAGAAAAGGAUAAUAAGUUAAAUCAACUUAUACAAGAAAUAAUGAACGAGAAAGAAAAUAAGACUAUUGUAUUUGCUGAAACAAAAAAGCGAGUUGAUGAACUUACUCGUUGUUUGAGGAGACAAGGAUUUCCUGCUAUGUGUAUACAUGGAAAUAAAUCGCAACAAGAGAGAGAUUGGGUAUUAAGAGAAUUUCGAAAUGGAAAAUCCCCCAUUUUGAUUGCAACUGAUGUUGCAGCUCGAGGAUUAGAUGUUGACGAUGUUAAAUUUGUCAUAAAUGUCGAUUUCCCCAACUGUUCUGAGGAUUACAUUCAUCGAAUUGGCCGCACUGCAAGAUCUAAUAAUACUGGAACUGCAUAUACAUUUUUCACUUUUGGAAACAUGAAGCAGGCAAAAGAUCUUGUGGAUGUGUUAACUGAAGCUAAUCAGACUGUUAAUCCAAAGUUGAUAGAUCUUGUUGAAAUGUCCAAGUCGUUUAAUGGUGGACGAGGUCGAAAAUGGGGUGGCCGCAGUUUUGGAAGAUAUGAUGACAAUAGGCGUGGCAACUCCUACGGAAGAGGAAACCGUGGAGGUGGAAACAGAUUUGAAAAUAACCGUGGCAAUUUUUCAAGAAACAAUGACAGCAAAUAUAGCGGAAAUUCAGGGUUCAAAGGGAACUCAUCGCACAAGAUCUUCGUGUGAAGUGGCAGCAAGUUUGGUAACCUUGUAUAGGUCAUCUAGGCAUACAGAUUUUUAAACUGUGUGUGAAUAUUAAAUGAUUUUGUUUUGUACAUUUUGCUUAACUAAAUUCUUUUUAAAGAACA